AUGGUUGCGGAAACCCUAGCCCACCACGCAAUCAAAGAAGAGCACAAGAGGUGCAGGGCUCUGCAAUACAUUAGAGGCAGUCAUAUUCAAGUGAAAAAGAAGAAAGAAUUGAAAGAUAAAAAAGCUCAUCGAAGCAUCAAUGACCUUCGUGGAUGGCGUAUGAGGAGCCAAGCAUAUUCCAUGUACAUACAUGGAGAGGAUCAUGAAGUUGACAUGAAUAAUAGAGCCAAUUAUUCAACCAAGCACGGCAUUGUCAUUUUCAAAGGCACAGGUUGUGCUUCCUCAGGACUGAACAAAGGGCAUGGGAAAACAGCAAGAAACCCAACUUACCGUAAAUUACAACUAUUCCUGACAAUUAACAUGGAAGUGUCUGUGAUACACACACGCAUGUCUGGCCAGGGCUUGAAGAAAGUAAAAAAGGCAAGGAUCCUGGGAAAAGGAAUAUGUUAUACGGUCAAAGCAGGUCAAAAGCUUACAAUAGGACAUUAUUGGUCAGGCUAUAGUGGGACCACCCACACCCUAACACCUCCUGGGGAAAUCAAUUCUGGGAUUUUGAAGAGACAUGGAAGUGAUGCAGAAGGGAAACCUUAUAGGCCAGUGUCACUUUACUCUUAG